AUGCCAGUCUUCCAGGAAACAGCACAUUCAUCGCGAGAUCUUCGCGUUAGACGUUCUCGGGCGCGUCCGUUACCACGUCUUUCAAUGCAGCCAGAGAUUAGCCGGAGUAACGGACAUGAUGGUGACGAGAAAUAUGAAGUAGUUGUGAUCGGGGCUGGCCCAGCAGGACUUUUCCUCACCUUAUUGCUAGCUCGUUACGGCCUCUCCAACUCCCUGGCAUGCUUCGACAAAAAACCCGGUACCCUCAAAGCCGGACAGGCAGAUGGUCUACAACCACGCACUCUGGAAGUCUUUUCAACAUUAGGCCUGCACCACGAAAUCCUCGACGAGGGAUGCCACAUGUCUGAAGUCGCAUUCUGGAACCCCAGUUCUACCAAAAAGGGUAUCGAGCGGACCGCAUUUGUGCCUGACGUCGUUGUUCCGGCAAGGUACAAGCAUGAAGUUACCAUCCACCAGGGACGGAUUGAGCGAAUUCUGGAAGAGGAUUUUCAUGCUUAUUCUCCUGAUCGGUCGAUAUUUAGAUCGACUGGGUUUGUCGGUUUUACGCUUGAUGCGAGUACUGAUCCCGAGUUUCCGGUGAGGAUUGAGAUUGAUGUAUUGGGCGAUGAGAGGACAUCUCCCCAACGUAAGAUUGUGAGAGCAAAGCAUCUCAUUGGCGCUGAUGGUGCCCAUUCAAAAGUGCGUCGAAGUAUGGGGUUACAAUUACACGGCGAUACUACGGAUCACAUCUGGGGUGUCGUUGACUUUGUCAUUGAUACAAAUUUUCCGGAUAUCAGGAAACGCUGCGCAAUUCAUUCGGACACAGGCUCUGUUAUGGUUAUUCCGCGGGAGCGUAUUGCUUCGGGUCAUUAUCUCACUCGUCUUUAUGUGCAAAUCAAGGAUGUCAUUCCCGCAGCAGAGGAAGGAGAAACUCUUGAUGAAAAGGCCAGGUCGAGUAAACGUCGUGCUGCUAUUACGCUCGAAAGUAUUCUAGAACAAGGGAAGAGAGUCUUUGCACCAUACAAUAUUGCGAUCAAGUCAGGAACCGACAUCGAUUGGUGGGCUGCAUAUCAGAUUGGACAGCGAAUGACGCACAAAUCGACGUUGAAGGAUGAGAACGGAGUGGAGAGGGUGUUCCUCGUUGGAGAUGCAUGUCAUACACACAGCCCAAAAGCUGGCCAAGGAAUGAACGUGUCCAUGAUGGACUCUUAUAACCUGGCAUGGAAACUUGCCCACACACUUCAUGGUCUCAGCCCUGAACCUCAGAAAGCCAAUAAAGCCUCUGAGUCGAACACGCCGACCACUGUUCUCAACACAUUCGAACACGAACGUCUCACAGUCGCCAGACAACUAAUUGAAUUCGACUCAAAAUUCUCAUCCAUGUUCUCCGGCCAAAUCGGUGCCGAGAAAUCAGUCGAAGGCCUUACACACGAUGAAUUCCUCAAAGUCUUCAGCGACGGAAGCGGGUUUACCAGUGGCUGCGGAGUUGAAUACGCACCUAGCAUAAUUGUUGAUCAGGUCUCUGACCCGGAAACAAUUGCGCACGUCGAUGCCAUCAGCUUUGUUAAGAAAGAUGCCUAUCUUUCUGGUGUCCUGCGGCCAGGUCGACGUUUACUUGACACAAUUGUUCGUCGCUAUGCGGAUGCAAAUUUACGGCAUCUUCAUGAUGAUUUCCUGUCGACUGGUCGGUAUCGUAUACUUGUCUUUACGACAGACGAUCUCGUUGAUCGUCAAAAGGUGACAACCCACAAGGCUGAAACAUCUAUAUCUGCACAAGCUCUUGAGACAAUCUGUCGCGAGAUCAUCCCCGCAUACCCCAGAGAUACCAUCGAACUAGUUGUCCUUCAUCCAUUCCACACACGCGAUUUUGAGUGGGACCAGAUGCCAGAUUGUCUCAAGGAUUUCGCAGAGAUGACUUUCCAUGGGCCGACGGGUCCGGAGUCUUUCUAUGAGAUAUACGGAGUUCUCGAAAGUAGAGGGGCUGUCGUAGCUAUAAGACCGGACGGAUAUGUUGGAGUCGUGAAGUCCUUGGCCGAUGCGAAGAGUCUUGGGGACUAUUUUGAUAAUUGUUUAGUACGCGUGGAUGUUUAG